CCACCCACCCGAACCCCUUUCCCCGGCACCAUGGCAACGUCCCCGGCGCACCCCAGGCCCCUCCCUCGCCGUCUCCUCCCUCCCUCAUGGUCCGGGAGCCCCAAGCCCGAGCCCCGAUACCCGCCAACUGGUCAAUCCUGGAGCCCCGACCCCGAGCCCCGCCAACUGGCGAGUCCUGGAGCCCCGAGCCCGAGCCCCUCCACGGGCCCCGCCCCAUCGAGCCCUGCCAACUGGCAAGUUCUGGAGCCCCGACCCCCAGUCGCCCCGAGUCCCGCCAACUGGCCAGUUCCUCCCCCGGCCUGGGAACCUAGCCGGGUCCCGGCUGACGCACAGCUACCCUCGCCGACCCGGGGACCCAUGGACCCGCGCCAACUGGCGAGUACCCGACCCCGCCAACUGGCCAGGCCGAGUGAUUGGAGUCCUCUUCCGCAGUUUCACCUCGGUCCUCCUUCGCAGGUUCCACCUCUGGACUCCUCCACCGACCACCAGGGGUCCACGGAGCCCCGUCAACUGGCCAGCACCGCGGCCCCGAGCCCGAGCCCCGGCCGCAGGCGCAGCCUGGCCCCUGGCCCCGACCCCCGCGGCGGCCCCUCACCGCCCGCGGCCAACUGUGGACUUUGUCCUGGCCGCCCGCGCGCCUGCCCAAGCCAUCGUCGCAACUGGCGGGUCACGCGCCCCGGAAGGUAAGGGUCACGGCCGGGAAACCCGGCCGCCUCCCCCCUCCAAGCGCCCGGCGCUG